AUGGAUCCCAAAAUGAGAUCCUCGGUAACACCUAAGGCUUUGGCAGCCUGCGAAAGGAGAGCCGAGAGAUGUGUUUGGGACGAGAAGAGGUUAGAGACAAGAAAACCGUUAGAACGCAAGAACAAGAAGAAGCAGAAAGAACAGCUCCUGGUCACCCAGCAGCACACUUCUCCCCAACCCUCUGCAUCCUCAGUCAGCACGUCGUCGUCGACGUCAUCGUCACCAUCCUGUAGCAUUGUCAUGCCCUUGAGUCACUCCCCCAAGCUGAAUAAGGACCAGGAGGAGCUCAUCACAGCACUAGAAAGGGCCAAGUCAGAUUCGGGUGCUACGAAUAGCAAUGCUAAGCCAAAUGGGAAAAUAGACGAAAUAUUGAGAAAGAUGCAAGCAUUCCAGGACAAGACUGAAGCAAUGUUUGCAAAUAUGAACUGCAAUGGUGCCAAUCCUUUCUGUUUUGAUCCCAGCUCCCUGUUUGCGCCAAAAGGCAUGACGAUGACACCUCACCCUGGCAUGAUGCCCAGCGACCCUUGCAUGAUCAAAAUGGACUCUGCACUGGACAAAGCAGACAAUGAAAAGCUCCACCACCACCAAAGAUAUUCGCUGGACAAGCCCCAAAAGAUUUGUUUGAAAGAAGAACCGCUGGACCACUCGCCGAGCCUCACCUCAACAUCUUGUCAGGUGGACAAUCAAAGGAUAUCGGACAAGAUCAAGAAGGAACCGGGUAUGAACGAAAAAAUGGCAGAACUCCCGGACCAACCCACUAUGCAGCAGAUGAUUAUCUACAACAUGACGUUAAUGGGUGUCGUCAUCAGGCAAACUGUUGCCUUCACCAAGGCCAUUCCAGCCUUCCGAAGGCUGCCCUACGAUGAGCAGGCGGUGCUCAUCAAGAACGCUAUCCUUGAAGUCCUCAUGCUGAGGUGUGCUGAGAACUAUGUUCCAGAGCGCAAUGUUAUCAUUGAUGACAUCACAGGCAGCGAAUGGUCCUUUGAAUCAAUGUUGCAUUCGGGGUUCUUGACGGCAACAGAACCAACGCUCAAGUUUAUCCAAGCAGUCAAUGGUAUGAUGCUGACCAAACAAGAGUAUGCAUUACUGCAAGCAAUCACCAUCAUCUCACCAGAUCGACCAGAGAUAGUGAGUCGAGAAGAUGUGGAGCAGAUACAGAGGCCGAUGGUGGAGACUCUUCAGACCCUGACCAAAAUCAACCAUCCCGAAGAUAAGGUCUUCUUUGCCAAGCUCAUCAUGAAGCUGACCGAUGUGCGAGACCUGGUCACGCACCACGUUGAUGACCUCAUGUCCAUGAAGCUUCCGGAUUCCCAGUUUGAGAGCCUCUUCCCCCUCAUCUCAGAGAUUUUCAACGUUUAACGUUUGGCCCCGUCUUGAGGGAGAUGGACUCUAUAAAAACAAGUUUGGCCCCUCUUUGUGGAAGCCAUUCAGUUAGUCAUUCUUGAACCAUUUGAAGGUCAAUCCCAAUAAUAAUUGUCUGUGAACAUUCAAAAGAUGUUAUGAUUUUGACAUUCUAAUGGCAAAGACUGUCCAGAGGAUGGGAUGUGAUCCUUAUGGUAAGAAGAGGCCAAACAAAACAAGACGAGAGGCUGAUUUUGUUUACAAAAUGACAUUAAGAAAGUUGAACAUUACGAUGACCCCCUUGUUGCUGAUGCACCAAUAUGCCCUACAUGAUGGAUCAUCAUAAUUGUACUAAAACUAUGCCAAGUCAAUGACAUGUUUCUUAAUAGCGGCCAAAGAGAGAUUCAAUAUGAUCUGUAAACACUGAAGUAUUAAAAGACCAAUUCCUAAAACUAAAAGAAGAUAAAAACAUUUUCCUGCUCUUUCAUGGAUUGGCAAGUUCGGACACAGCUGCAGUAACGCAUUUCUAAACGCUUCAACUUGCAUUUGGAGGGUAAUCUUAUGAGGGAUAUCAUGAAGAUUGUACAAAGACUGUAACCUAGUGCACAGGCGAGAUAUUCAUUGGACUCCAAGGAGGUGGACAAGGGCUCAACUACUACCAUCUGACAGAGGAAAGACACAAUCACCCUUUGCACUCAAAACCAAUAUGGGUGCGUCCAUAAGGAUUAUUUGUUUUCAUUUCGUAGUCAUUCCACAGAGUUUGAAGGAAAUAUGCAGAGAUUUCCUUCAUUUCACCCCAAAUUUUGUUGUUUUGGGAAUUGAUAUGUAAAGAUGGUAUCCUUGAUGAUGUGGUGAUGUUUGUCUCUUUGUUUCAGUUCAGUUAUGGGCCCUGUUUCACCCAAUGCUUUCAGUGUAAGGUACGGAAAUCCUCCAAUUUGAUUGGCUCAAUUGGUCUUCUGUAGCACUUGUCCUUCAUGACUUGUUUGUGAGAAAGUACCCUGUUUGUUACAAUCAAAUAUUGUAAAUGGUCGGGGAGAAGUUAAUUUUUAAUCUUGCUAUUAGAGAAAAAGUGAAGGGAAGCGUCUGUUGUUGAUCGUAUGACAUAAUCCCUGGGAAGAUUUUUUCAAAUCUCUUAUUUCAAUUUUAUAUGAUCUAAGCCAAAAAGGCAACAACAAAAAUCAAUGUCUCAAUAAUUUGCUAUUCAUAUUUAUAUUAGCUAAUAAUGAUUUGAAGAAAUUAUAUUUAAUUCAAUGAAGAUAAUGACUUAAGAUUGUGAUACAAUGUUAUCAAGUUUUUAUUUAUGUGAGAAUGAUAAUGUAAUAUGAAAUUCAAAUUAUUUUUCAAUAGAAUGCAAAAUUACUUAUAAUUACGACUGUAAUUUUCACGUCGUUUUAAAACACCAACAUCACUUGUUACAAUUUUCUAUUUUGAUAGAUAAUUUAAGAGUAUUUACCUUUGCCAUCUCAAAAUUUAUGUGAUAUUCCUUUAAUCUUUCAGAAGAAAGGCAUACUUCGUAAUCAAAAUUUCUAUUUGAAGAGAUGAAUGUGUUAUUGUGAUUGGAUCAGUAUUAUGGAAGGGCUUGUUUGAUUAUUUAGAACUAUAGGCUUUUGCCUUGAACAGGUUCUAUCAAACUCUCCCUUUCAAUUUCAGAAGUAGGAGAAAGAAAAUAAUUCAGUUUGUUCUUUAUUUGCCAAAUCCUAAAUCCCGUCAUUUCCUUUCUUCAUUAUGUUUUUGUUUUCCUUUCUUCUUUCUGCCUCUCUUAUGUCUACCUUUAUGCCUUUGUUUUCUUAUCCCCUUCCCCUCCCUCUUCCCCUCUCUCUCUUUCUUUCACACAAACACAUGACUCUCACUCUUUAACUAUAUAUUUAUUUCUCUUUCUUAUACUUUUCAAUAUAAAUGAUGUUUAAUCUUAUUUCUAAUUCACCGAAAAACUACAAAAAGUUUGUACUACAUGACAUUUUGAUUUGCUCUCAAAUAUAUUGUGAAAUAAAGUCAGUAUUGCUUUGGGUCAGCAUCAAGCUGAAUUUUGUUGAAUAACAUUAUUGCAUUGAUGACAAUAAUAAUAAUUAAAAAAAAAAGUAUUAACCAUUAUCUUGAUAUUUGAGCUAACUUCACUGAUAGAAUUUGUUGUAUUAUUAAGAAUUUGUAUUAUGAAUUCGUUUUUUGAAAGUCAUGAGCCUCCCGUUGUUUGGACAAUGCAGUAUAGCAGAGUGGAUCAUCAGAACAUUUGACUGAUUUCUUUUGUUUUUAAUGAUUCAUUUUUGUAAAAAAAAAAAAAAGUGUCUUUCACUCUCUUAUAACCAUGAAUAUUUUGCUGCAAAGAUUUUUCUUUUUUGUCAAAUUCUUUGCCAAUUUUGAUCACCCUGUAUGUCAGAGGAAUUUUGAGAGCAUAAGAUGUAAAGAUAUUCUUCCUGAUUUAAUGUUUCAUGUUGCCUCUCUUAAAACAUUAAUAUCUGUCCCUGGCAUCUGAAAUUAACAUCGUGUCUCCAAUUUGGGCAUAUUAAGAAAAAACAUGUUAUUAAUAUAUAAAUGAAACCAACUAAAUUUUUGCAAUUUCUACCAUCCCCCAUACAAGCAUUAUGUUUAACCCAAAUUAGGUAUCGCCAAUACUAAUGAUAUAAUUUUGAAUUUUUUUAAUUUAAUUUUUUAAUGAUGUACUCUGAAUGUUGUACUUCUCACUCUUUUAAUAGAUGGAAUGAUUUUGAGUAUUGCGAAAGAUUUGGGGGAUUGUGAAAGAUUUGGGUUAAUAUCUAUGAUUAUUCAUGAGUGCCAAAGGAAGCGUAGAUCUUAGGGUUGGGUUGUGCACAUAUGAGAAGCUCUUAGAAAACAUAUGUCAUCUUGAUUCCUAUACGCCCUUUUUCAUCAACCCACUUUAUUUGUUGUCAAUGUGUUGUGUGGAUAUAUUUCAAUAUCAAAUAUUGAGACUGAAGAAAUGGUGAAGAUUAUGAUGAUUUAAUCUGUCUAUAGUUCACUGAUAUAAUUGUAAAUAAUGGCUUGGUUAUUGACUGUAAAUCACUAGAAAAAAAACGUUUUUUGAGAAAGAUGAUAAGCUCUGUUUAUGUAUUAAUUUCAACAGAAUGUGUUUAUUUACAUGAAGAUUUUACCAGUUAUAAUAAUUUGUAUUGUUGGUGUCAAGUCGAUAUGUGUAAUAAUGGUGUCAUGUUAGUUUUAUUUCAUUUUUUAUUAGCAACGUGAGGAAAGUGCCAAAAAAAUAUUAUGUCAAGAUGUAAAUAGGAUUUUGAAGAUUCAAAAGAAAGGGGAACAGAAGUGAGACUUCGUAAACAAUGCAACUGUAAUAAGAUACACAUGCUGAUGAUAACAAAUCAUCUUUGUACAUGACUGUUUUUCAUCGAGUGUGGUAUCUCUUUCUCUAUUCUCCUUUGCAGGUAUUUCCCCAGAUUAAUUCUAUGUUUUCAUAAGUUUUAGGAUCAAGCAAAUGACAUUAAAUUAAUAGCAACAUGGAUAGUUACAAUAAAUACAACUUAACACUUAAAUACAGCCAAAACUACUAAUCGAAUCAUACCGUCUAUUAAGAAGACUUCUUACAUACCGUCUCUAUUCUAAAGGAGAUAUUUGCAGUAGUUUUCCUAAUUUCCUUGUGUAGCCCCACUUUAGGGUGUUUGCGUGGAACAGUGAAUCAAAAGAAAUACUGUGGCUUACCUGCUGGUAAGGAGGUACAUGUAUAAACAGUUCCCAAGUUUUAGGGUCAGGAUAAAGAUUGUGACUGGAGAAUCGGUCGUGAAAAUUAUCUUCAUUUGUUUUUGGUUGUUCCACACCCAGUUUCUAGUUUGGGAGUACAGAGAGCCCUCAUAUGAACAUACACUUGUGAUGGAAGGAUGUGGUAGUUGUUUUUCAAGACUCUGGUUUCUUUAUUUCCAUGUAAUUUAAAAAUCCGCAGCUGAUAUUACUGUUUGGUUUCAUCUGAUUAAUAUUUAAAGAAUUUCAAUCCUUUUUUUUUUUCUAUCAUGACUUGUGGUGUUUUUGUAGAAUGCCACCGAAUCCAUCCACUCAGAAAAGUUGUCAAUUUAGUUUCAUCAGGUACAAACAAUCCAGGUUGUAUUAACUUAAACAUCUCAUAAGUAUUUUUUCAACUAAUCGUUGUUUUCUUAGGAUAUGUCAAAAGAUAAACUGCCAAUGUUAGAUGCCACUGAACAGUUGCUAAAUUAAUAGGACUGUAUUUUUUUUUAUCCACCAUAAAUGCCAGAAAACAUUUUAUUUUAAAGCUCUAUAAUUUGCUUUCAGUUAUAUUUGAAUUGCCAAAUCUAUCAUUGAUAAAGUUAUUAUUGAUCUGUUCCUAUCGUCUGUUGUUUCAGGGCAUUUUAUUAAUAUCAAAUUCAAGAUAAUUACUUAGAUAAUCAUACAUUUAUACUUUGCUUUAUAAUGAUAGAGGGAACCAUGGAGACGAAAUAAGGAAACAAAUGGUCGGAUAGUUCCUGUUUAUUAUUUUACAUCAAAAUCUUUUUUUUUUACUUUUAUUUCUUAAAAAUAACCAAAAACUUUUAAAACUUUUUAAGACCAGUUCCUGUUAAUUAUUUUACAUCAAAAUCAUUGUAUUUUACUUUUAUUUCUUAAAAAUAACCAAAAACUUUUUAAAUUCUUCUUGAAAGAGCUAUUCAGUAGUUUUCAACAAGCAAAUGGUUUUCAUUUUUUAGCCAAUUUAAAUAAUGAACUUUUACCUAAGAAUUAUUUUCUUUCAAUUUUUAAAUAGGUUUUUUUUAUAUCAUAGAAGGUUUAUGCUGCUCUUUCGUAUCAAAGUUUUUUUUUGUAAGGAUGGUUGACCAUAAGUUUUUACUUUAAUUGAAGCAUACUGGUUAUGCAUACCAAUUGAAUAUGAAAUAUAAGAAGCUUAGCACAGGUUAAAGAUGACUUCUUUUUCAUGAUAAUGAUUUUUUUUAAGUUUGUGGAUGUGUUAUGCGUUUUGGUUCACUUACAGAAGUGACGUUAAACUUUUUAAACAAAAGUAUCGUCAUCAUCGCCUGCGCUGUAUUACAAUUCAUUCUUAGCGGUAUGAAGCUAUGAAGCUCUGUUUUUAGUGUAUAGUUUUUACUGCAUACUAUGUGUGUAUAGUAGGUUUUUUUCUCUCUUUUUUUCUUAAUUUCAAAUUAGAAGUAAUAUAUAAAUAUAUUGUCACAUUUGUGAUGAUGUAACGUCUUUGUUCCCUUAACAGAAACCCUAUUAUUCUGUGGUUUUUUCUUACCCCCUAUGUUGGUCAUAUUGUGUUUAUUUCAGUCUCAUUUUGGACUGAUUUCGACAGAGAGGAUCCGCUUGUCUUUAGAUUUCUGUGUGAAAAUCCAUCGUAUCAUUAUUAUACAUGUACGAUAUUGAUAAUAAAAGAGCACACUAUUUCUGAUUGUAUGAUAAA